CAAUAUUUCAAUAAUAUAUAAAUUUGUUUUAAGUUGGCAGAAAAAUCAAAUUUUGAAAGUGGUUUUCUGUGUGUAUUUGUCGAUUUUACUACUGGUUCACUAAGACAAUCUGUAAUUGGUGUUUGUAUUUAUUAACAAUUUAAUGUUUAUUCAUUGUUAGUUUUUGAAUUUUGAAAAUGCCGGACCGGUUCAAAGUUUCAAAAUCUGAGCACAGCAACAACAUACAUAAAUAUGACGAGAGUCCUGACGAUGUUUCAGUAACAGAAAAAUUAUUACCAAAUAAUUCCACUAUCGAAACUAACGGAGGAGAUGGAACGGACGAACAACCAUUCGUGUCCGACAAGUCGUCGGGCUACGAGACCAACUUGUACCUCUACAAGGAUGAAAUGGAAGACCGGCCCCGCAUCUCGACCCUCAUCAGCUCCCUCGCGAACUAUUCCAACACCAUACCGCCAGCGUCGGCCGAUCCGGACGCCCGUCCGGCGGCCGGCGGCGCCCGCAUGGGCACGUUGAUCGGCGUCUACUUACCCUGCAUCCAAAACAUUUUCGGCGUCAUUUUGUUUAUCCGUUUGACCUGGGUUGUCGGUACCGCCGGUGCCGUCCAGGGUUUCCUUAUCGUUUUAACUUGUUGCUGCGUGACCAUGCUGACGGCCAUCUCCAUGUCUGCCAUCGCCACUAAUGGUGUGGUGCCUGGUGGCGGGAGCUACUUCAUGAUAUCCAGGUCUAUCGGUCCGGAAUUCGGCGGUGCGGUUGGUAUGCUGUUUUAUACUGGUACCACCCUGGCGGGCGCCAUGUACAUCGUCGGAGCGGUUGAAAUUGUUUUGGUGUAUAUGGCACCUAACUUGUCUCUAUUCGGGAAUAUUGAAGAAGACGAGGAAGCAAAAUUCAACAAUUUCCGGGUCUAUGGAACAAUGUUGCUCGUGGUGAUGGGAAUAAUUGUUUAUAUAGGCGUCACAUUCGUCAACAAAUUUGCAACUGUCGCACUUGCAUGCGUCAUCUUCUCCAUAGUUGCAGUUUAUGUCGGAAUUUUCGUCAAUAUUAAUGGCAAUGACAACUUACAUAUAUGCGUGCUAGGGAAUCGAAUUCUAAAAAUGGACAACAUAUCUGAUUGUAACAAAGAUAUCGGUGGUCCGCUAAUGAACAGCUUUUGUCCGAAUAAAACCCAUUGCGACCCUUACUUCAACACCCACGAUCUGGUUGUUGAACGUGGCAUCAAGGGUCUCUCAUCCGGUAUUCUUAUAGACAACAUUUACGACAGCUUUUUGGAGGAAAGACAGUUCUUAGCCCGAGGUAACAAGCAAAAUGACAUUGAACGCGAUGAAAGAACCUACAACCAAAUUGUCGCUGAUAUAACGACCUCCUUUACCAUCCUCAUUGGUAUAUUUUUCCCGUCGGUAACCGGAAUCAUGGCUGGCUCAAACAGAUCUGGUGACUUAGCUGAUGCUCAGAAAUCUAUACCAAUCGGCACCAUAUGCGCUAUCCUCACUACCUCAACCGUGUAUCUCUCUUCUGUGAUUCUAUUUGCUGGAACUGUCGACAACUUACUGCUGAGAGACAAGUUUGGAGCAUCAAUUGGUGGUAAACUAGUGGUGGCCAACAUUGCCUGGCCAAAUCAAUGGGUGAUCUUAAUUGGUUCUUUCUUGUCGACUCUUGGUGCCGGCCUCCAGUCGUUGACUGGCGCCCCGCGUCUAUUGCAAGCCAUCGCCAAAGACGGCAUCAUUCCCUUCUUAGGCCCAUUCUCGGUGUCCUCUAGCAGAGGCGAACCCACCAGAGCAUUGAUCUUGACCCUUUUGAUCUGCCAAUGCGGCAUCCUCCUUGGAAACGUUGAUAUCUUAGCUCCGUUGCUUUCUAUGUUCUUCUUGAUGUGCUACGGAUUCGUAAAUCUUGCGUGUGCUUUACAAACUCUUCUGAGAACACCAAACUGGAGACCAAGAUUUAGAUAUUACCAUUGGUCGUUGUCUUUCAUCGGAUUAUCUUUGUGCGUAGCUGUCAUGUUCAUGACCUCUUGGUACUUAGCCCUUCUGGCUAUGUGCAUGGCCGGUGUUAUUUAUAAAUACAUCGAAUAUAGAGGUGCUGAGAAGGAAUGGGGUGACGGAAUUCGAGGUUUGGCCCUAUCCGCUGCGAGAUUCUCUCUGCUUCGUCUGGAAGAAGGUCCUCCACACACAAAGAACUGGCGCCCACAAAUUUUAAUUCUUGUCAAACUUACCAACGACUACCUUCCCAAAUACAAAAAGCUAUUCUCUUUCGCCGCCCAGCUAAAAGCCGGCAAAGGUUUGACCGUCUGCGCCUCAGUAGUAAACGGAGACUUCACCCGAGCCUACGGCGAAGCCAUGGCGGCCAAACAAAGCCUAAGAAAAACCAUGGACGAAGAGAAAGUUAAGGGCUUUGCUGACAUUUUGGUAACCAGAAACGUGCGUGAAGGCUUGUCCAAUCUCAUUCAAACCGCCGGCUUGGGAGGUCUGAAACCCAACACGGUAAUUUUAGGCUGGCCCUACGGUUGGAGGCAAUCCGAGGACGAUCACAACUGGCAAGAUUUCUUACAAACUCUACGCAGCGUUAUGGCAGCUCACAUGGCCCUCCUGAUUCCCAAAGGUAUAAACUUCUUCCCGGACACCACGGAUAAAGUUUCCGGAAACAUUGACAUCUGGUGGAUCGUGCACGAUGGCGGUUUGCUGAUGCUGUUGCCGUUCCUGUUGAAGCAACACAGGACCUGGAAGAACUGCAAGAUGCGCAUCUUCACCGUUGCCCAAAUGGAAGACAAUUCGAUUCAGAUGAAGAAGGAUCUUAAAACUUUCUUGUACCACUUGCGUAUCGAAGCUGAGGUUGAAGUUGUGGAAAUGAUGAAUAGCGACAUCUCUGCGUACACCUACGAAAGAACCUUGAUGAUGGAACAGCGUAACCAGAUGUUGAGAGAACUCAGAUUAAAUAAGAAGGAAACCUUGGGAGUGGUACCAGCAAUGAUGGAUUUCAAUUCAACUGAAGACAAGAUGCCUCUGGUACAAUCGAUUGUUGAUCAACAUCACCCCAACGUGGAUGCUAAGACGGCCACCAAAGUCCGUUUCCAGGAACCUGGUGCCGGCGCUGAAGGCGAUAACAAAGUUGAUGCUGAACCAACUAAUGAAUUACAGCCUAACGCAGAGACAACGGAAGAUUGCGAGAACUCAACUGAGAAGGAAGAUGCACCGGAGAAGGAAUGCGCUGAAAACCAUAAAACCAACUCAAUAUCCGAGGAGAAGUCAUCCACGAUAACCCCUGACGAAGGCAACGUGCGCAGAAUGCAUACGGCCGUGAAAUUGAACGAAGUCAUAGUUAGUCGAUCACAUGAUGCUCAACUAGUCGUACUGAAUUUACCGGGGCCGCCAAAGGAUACCAAGGCUGAGAGGGAGUCCAAUUAUAUGGAGUUCCUGGAGGUAUUAACUGAAGGCUUAGAGAAAGUACUGAUGGUACGCGGCGGUGGACAAGAAGUAAUAACCAUCUAUUCAUAAAUUGUCAUUCAACAACACUUGGUCCUGGGUUUUUUUAUCCAGAUAAGCCGAUUUUGGCUAACUCGAAACAGCCAAAUAAUUUAUUCAAAUCAAAGGACAUUUGCUAUUCGAAAGGCAAUGGCCGUACAGUAUUUUAAGUAUAGAAUGUUAAAAAAAAUGAUAGUGAUUAUACCAAAGAGAUACUUAUUUAUUCUUCUUAAUGUUAUAGAUUGUAACGCGAGGGCAUGUUGUCGUACUAAGUAUAACAACAGAACUUGCUCGUACGCAAACGUGAUUAUUAAUCCUACGUAAUACUGUAUCAAAUCAAAAUUGAAUUGUAAUGGUUGGAAAUAUUAAUUUACUUUAAACAGUGCUCAUUUUUUGUACGAGAACGACUGACCAUGAGGAUAUAAAUGGAGAACAAAAGAGAACAUAAAGAGAAGAAAAAUGCAGUGUUAUGAUAGGGUGUAGCAUAAAAAAGUAGAAUAGUCAAGUACUGCUAACACUAUCGAUUGUACUUUCAUGUAGUUCGGUUAUAUAUCAUAUAACAUAUUAAACAUUAUAUUGUCCA